AUGAACAUCCAUGAUUGGUUGAGGAUUCCACUCAUAUUCAUUAUGGACGAACUCUUCAAAACUAGUUUUGGGUUCCCAGAAUUUGCAGAUAUGGUAUUCCCAGCAAGUAAUGACUUAGUAAAUAGCACACUCAGUCAGAUUGAGAUCGGCAAGUCCACACAAUAUUACAAGGGCAUAUUUCUAUCCUUCAUCAAAAUAAUAGUAAACUGUUUGAUAUUUUGUUCAUUGUCAUGUUCAUUUGUUUUACCUGCCAGAUACUUAUAUAUGGUGUACCUUCAUCUAUUUUCUGUCUGUAUUUUACUUCUUUCUUAUCGGGAAAACAAAACACUGGAAGUUGUAUACGGAAAAUAUGAAAACUUAGAAACUAACCCGUUUAAUAAAGAUAUACCAUGGAAUGUAGAUGGAUUUUUAUAUCUUUUUACAGAAUUACAAGUCGAACAUUUCCUAUACCUUUUAUUCCUCAAUUUAAUCCUACAGUGUUUUCUAUCAUUAUUAUUUUACUUUCUACAAAACUUUACUACAAAUCAACCAAUCCAUAAGGCUUUCAGCUUUAGCUUUGCUAUUCCUACUUUAACCAUUGCAUUUUUACCCGGUACAUGGAUACAUGGAUUUUUGAAUACAGUAACUGUAUUAUCAACAUUAUUGCCAUUGUUUAUGAUGCUGAAAACAUUAUGGUUGGAUCUAUUUACAAUUACAAAUUUAAUUCGUAAUAAAUUUAGCCGUAUACGAGUGACCAUCAAUAAUUUAGGAAUAAACAAUUUGUUUGGGAAUGUGAUUGAGGUUCUGGGAUUGGAAUGGAAUCGUCUCAACAUUUCAUGUGUUCUACGAAUGUUUUGGGCAUUAAGAGUACUAAAACAAAUUCUAUACCUGAUAACAGAUAUAGAAAUACAAAAUGAAACUUUGCUUAGUGUUGUGAAAAAUGUGUUAAUUAAAGGGUGCAACACAUUUACAGCAGUUUUAGGAAUGGCAAGUUCUAUUUCAUACUUUUGCCAUUAUAUAGGAGCAUUCCUCCAAUGGGUGCUGUUAACUGAUGUGAAUAGCACAAGGAUUGGAACAGUUUCUGCAGUAUUAUUUUAUAAACUAGCUUUGGAGACUGGACUAACAGGUUUAGAUCCAGAAAAGCGCUUUAUAAGACUCUAUCGUAAUGUUUGUUUACUUUGUGCUGCCCUACUGCAUUACAUCCAUAAUAUGGUUAAUCCAGUAUUAAUGUCUUUGAGUGCUUCUCAUAACCCUUCACUUAAUAGACAUAUAAGAGCUCUUUUAGUGUGUGGAUUUCUCAUAGUGUUUCCUAUCACUAUGUUGACUUACUUUUGGUCUCACCAUUCAGUUAGUACAUGGCUACUGGCAGUUUCAUCAUUCAAUAUUGAAAUCAUUAUAAAAGUGUUGGUAUCAUUAGCUGUCUAUUCAUUGUUCUUAAUUGAUGCUUAUCGCACAACUUUUUGGGAAAAAUUAGAUGAUUAUGUAUACUAUAUCAAAUCAUUUGGCAAUACGGUGGAAUUCUGUUUUGGAAUAUUUCUUUUUCUGAAUGGUGUUUAUAGUAUCGCUUUUGUGUCUGGUGGUGCAGUCCGUGCAUCCAUGAUGGUUAUACAUGUAUAUUUCAGAAUAUGGUGUGCCGCUAGGAAUGGAUGGAGAGUAUUUAUUAAACGCCGUACAGCUGUGAAAAAAAUUGAAUCCUUACCUGCAGCAACUAGCUUUCAAUUGUCUAAUUUAGAUGAUGUCUGUGCCAUAUGUUAUCAAAAUAUGGGAUCAGCAAAAAUUACUAAAUGUAAUCAUUAUUUCCACGGUGUAUGUCUGCGUAAAUGGCUCUAUAUUCAGGAUCGAUGCCCAUUGUGCCAUUAUAUGUUGUUCAAGGCGGAAAAGUAA